AUGAGUGUGGAAGACACUUGAGAAACCUUGUUCCUUCUUAUACUCAUAGUCAACACUGUGUCAGCUUUCCCACAAAAGAGAACAGAACACCCUCUUUCUUUCUUUGAACUUCUCAAUUCCUUCAAACAACACUUACUUUACUUUCCCUUCUCUCUCUCUCUCUCUACUACUACUUCAUGGCUUCUCUCAAAAACCUUUUCUCUCUCUACAUUCCCAUGUUCAUCUUCUUCUUCUUCUUCUUCUUCAUCAAAGCCUCUACAAAAUCUUUAUCUCCUUCUACUUCCUCUGAUGUUGAACUUCUCUUGAUAAAAAUCAAACCUUUACUUCAAGGCAACACUGAAAACCUUGUUUUAUCAUCAUGGAACACUUCAACACCACUUUGUCAAUGGAGAGGACUCAAAUGGGUAUUCACAAAUGGUUCAUCUCUUUCAUGCAAUGAUUUGUCUUCACCACAAUGGACCAAUCUUUCACUUUUCAAAGACCCUUUUUUGCACUUGUUCUCUCUCCAGCUCCCUUCAGCAAAUCUCUCUGGUUCUCUCCCUAGAGAGAUUGGUCAGUUUCCUAUGCUUCAAAGUCUUUACCUUAACAUCAAUUCAUUGAGUGGAACCAUUCCUCUUGAACUUGGCUAUGCUUCUUCUCUUUUAGACAUUGAUUUGAGUCACAAUGUUUUGACUGGUGAUAUUCCACCUUCUAUUUGGAACUUGUGUGACAAACUUGUUUCUCUUAAGAUUCAUGGUAAUUCAUUAUCAGGGUCUGUUUCAGAACCUGCAUUGCCUAACUCAUCUUGUAAAUUUUUGCAGUUUCUUGAUUUGGGUAGCAACAAAUUUUCUGGUGAUUUCCCUAUUUUUGUUACAAAUUUUGGUGGGUUAAAAGAGCUUGAUUUAGGUGAGAACAUGUUCACUGGUACAAUUCCACAGGGUUUAACUGUUCUUAGGCUAGAAAAAUUGAAUCUUUCUCACAAUAACUUUAGUGGGGUUUUGCCUUUGUUUGAUGGAUCAAAAUUUGGUGUUGAUGCUUUUGAAGGUAAUAGUCCUGAUUUGUGUGGUUCACCUUUGCCAAGUUGUGUUAAGAAUUCUUCAUCAUUGAGUUCUGGUGCUGUUGCUGGUAUUGUUAUUAGUCUUAUGACAGGUGCUGUUGUUUUGGCUUCAUUGUUGAUUGGUUAUAUGCAAAACAAGAAGAAAAAAGGAAGUGGUGAGAGUGAAGAUGAGUUGAAUGAUGAAUUAGAAGAAGAUGAAGAAAACGGUGGCGGCGGUGGUGGUGGUGAAGGGAAGCUUAUGUUAUUCCCUGGUGGUGAGAAUUUGACAUUAGAUGAUGUGUUGAAUGCGACCGGACAAGUUAUGGAGAAGACAUGUUAUGGAACAGCUUAUAAGGCAAAACUUGCUGAUGGUGGAACAAUUGCUUUGAGGUUGUUGAGGGAAGGUACUUGCAAGGAUAGGAAUUCGUGUUUGUCGGUUAUAAAGCAGUUGGGGAAAAUUAGACAUGAGAAUUUGAUUCCUUUGAGAGCUUUUUAUCAAGGGAAAAGAGGGGAGAAGUUGCUUAUUUAUGACUAUUUGCCUCUCAGAACUCUUCAUGAUCUUUUGCAUGAAAUUAAAGCAGGAAAACCAGUGUUGAAUUGGGCUAGGAGACACAAGAUUGCAUUAGGUAUAGCAAGAGGACUAGCAUAUCUUCACACAGGACUCGACGUUCCCAUCACUCAUGCAAACGUAAGAUCCAAGAACGUACUUGUCGAUGACUUCUUCGUAGCCAGGCUCACCGAUUUCGGCCUCGACAAACUAAUGAUCCCAUCCAUAGCCGACGAAAUGGUGGCAGUUGCCAAGAUCGACGGCUACAAGGCACCAGAGCUUCAAAGAAUGAAGAAAUGCAACUCUCGGACCGACGUUUAUGCGUUCGGUAUACUACUUUUGGAAAUCUUGAUCGGCAAGAAACCUGGCAAGAAUGGAAGAAGCGGUGAGUACGUGGAUUUACCAUCGAUAGUGAAAGUCGCGGUUUUGGAGGAGACGACGAUGGAAGUGUUUGAUGUGGAAUUGUUGAAAGGGAUAAGAAGUCCAAUGGAAGAUGGGUUAGUUCAAGCAUUGAAGCUAGCAAUGGGAUGUUGUGCACCUGUUGCAUCAGUUAGACCAAGUAUGGAUGAAGUUGUGAGACAAUUGGAGGAGAAUAGACCAAGGAAUAGGUCUGCUUUAUAUAGUCCUACUGAGACAAGAAGUGGAAGUAUUACUCCAUUUUGAGAUAUGAAUUUUCAACUUGUUGUUUAAUCAAAAACUAUUUGGAUUUUACUGUGUUUCCUUUUUUUUUAUUAUAUUAAUGUGGGGGUAAAUGCAUUAUGAUCUACUGUAUGUUGUAAUUUUCUUUGUUUCUUUCUUUUUACCCUAUAACUCUUUGCAUUUAGGUAGUCCCUAUUCUUAUUGAAAUCAAAUAUAAUCACUUAUACAA